GUUCAAGUUCAGCGGAACAUUUUUUAGGAUUCAAUCAUAUGUACCAACUUUAACGUUCCCAAAAAAAAAAGACCAACAGCAGUUAAUUUUCUUGAUUGCGCUCCAAAAUACGUAGGAAAACAGUGGAAAGAAAAUACCAAGAGUCUGAAGUCCCCAGUACUUCUUUCCCCUAAUAAAAAAUGGCACCGGCAAUCGUAUCCGAAGCCGAGCCAGAGCAACCACCCUCGCCAACCCCGAACAACGACUCUAGAAAACGCAAGUCGCAAAUCGACGAGAUCGAGGUCGACCUGACGCAGCCGGAACCGCCGUCCAAAAAGGCCAAGCGACUGCUCAAGAAGGGCAAACCACUACCCGCAAAGCCGCAGAGCGACGACGAAGGCGAGUCGGAAGACGGCCUAGCGGUCCCGAAGGGCGCGGGGAAGGGCAAGGGCAAGGGCGGCAAGGGCGAGAAGUCGAAGCGGUCGGACCACGGUAUCUGGAUCGGCAACCUGCCGUUCACGCUGACGCGGGUCGAGCUGUUCAAGUGGCUGGUGGACAGCUCCGGCGGCUCCAUCAAGGAAGAGAGCAUCACGCGGGUGAACCUGCCGACGAGCAAACUCGGCGCCAAGGAGCGGGGGCCGGGCGAGGACGCGCCGAAGAAGCCGAUGAACAGAGGCUUCGCGUACGUGGACUUCGACGCGGAAGCGGCGGCCGUCGCGGCCAUGGCGCUCACGGAGAUGGAGCUCGACGGGCGGAAAGUGCUGAUCAAGAACUCGAACUCGUUCGACGGCCGGCCGAAGAAAGGGAGCGAAGCAGCGGCAGCUGCUGCUGCCGCGGCGACGGAUGGCAACGCGACGGAGGUCGCGAGCAGUCGGGACCCCAAGGUUCUGCCCAGCAGGAAGAUCUACGUCGGCAACCUGUCGUUCCAGACGACGGAGGAGGACCUGCGCGCGCACUUCGACAGGUGCGGCGACAUCGAGUGGCUCAAGGUCGCCACCUUCGAGGACAGCGGCAAGUGCAAGGGCUUCGGCUGGGUCAAGUUCAAGGAGCCCGACGCUGCCGCCUGGGCCGUCAAGGGCUUCGUCAAGAUCAAGGAGGAGAUCGAGACCGAGGACGACUUCCGCGACGAGGACCCGGACGCGGACGCGGACGCGGAGAAAGAGGAGCGCAGGUUCAAGAUGCGCAAGUGGUGGGUCAAUCGGCUCCGCGGCCGCGAGCUCAAGAUCGAGCUUGCCGAGGACGAUCGGGUGAGGUACAAGAAGCGGUUUGGCAAGGACGCGCCGGGCAAGGGGCCCGCUGCUGGGAAGGGCAGAGAGUCCUUUGCGGCUAGGAAUGGGGAUGGAAAUGGAAAUGGGGCAGGCGAGAAGGCGAGGAGGGAUAAUGGGGAAGGGUUGGGAGAGAAGGCGGAGGGGGAGAAGAAGCCGGCGUACGGAGAUACGGGCGUGGCGUCGUAUCUUACGGGCGCGGUUGUCAAGUCUCAGGGCAAGAAGACUACCUUUGAUUAAUGGCUUUGCAGUCUUAGGGUAGGUAUACGAUAGGGGGUUAUGAGCAUGAGAGUUGCGUGUCUAUAUACCAUACAUCAAAAGAAAGGGGCAUACUUCACGCCAUACAGCUAUGAUGUUUGGAAAUUGAAG